AUGAGAUUGAUCUCUAAAUCAUUUAUUUUCUCAUUAUCAAUACUUGUGAUGCUAUCAAGCACAACUUACUCACAAAUAAAGUCUCCUAAUAUUCAAUCAGCAACAUAUUUGUCAGAAAAGUUUGAAGUGGGGCCCGGAGAAGUUGUGUCAAAAACAAUGUUUGAUAUUGAGUUUCCAAUCGGUCAUAUAGGAGUCAAGAGCUUCGACGUUGAUAUAGUUGAUGAACAAGGGAAUUCUGUACCAUUGCAUGAAACUUACUUUCAUCAUUAUUUUGCUAUAAAAUAUAUUAUAAAUAAAACUCACGAUUUUAAUGAUCUUACCAAACCUUUUGGGGGUGCCAUCUUCAGAAGAAACGACGGAACAUGCAACGAUGCUAUUCUUCCACAUUAUUGGGGUUUUGGAAGUGAAUCACGGGGAACAAGUACAAAAAUUCCUGAUCCAUUUGCAGUUGAACUAGGAAACCCUGCAAAUAUUCCAGAAGGGUGGGAACAGAAAUGGCUAUUUAGCAUCAUGGUCAUUGAUACACGUGGCACAGAAAAUAGGAAAAUUAGUUGCACUGAAUGUAGGUGUGACCAAUUUAAUCUCCCACAAAAUUUCUAUAAUGUGUCAACCGAAAUUCAUGGAAAACCAUUGACCCCCGAAUAUAAAGGAGGAAUCUUUUGUUGCAAAGAUAACUUUCAAUGCAAAUUAAUAAAGGGAUUUGAAGCACCAAGGAGAAAGCUUGCCUUAAGAUACAAAGUAACAUGGGUUGACUGGGACCAACACCAAAUUCCACUUAGAUUUUAUAUACUUGACUCCACUGAUCGAAUUAGAACAAAUGGUUCCGAAACAAUCCAUGAUUGUCUGGCAGAGUAUACUAUUCCAGAAAAUAAUAGUGGUGACCGUUUUCACGUUCAAAAAUCAAGCAUCCCCAUGAAAAAAGGUGGUUAUCUUAUCUAUGGCACUGCUCAUAUGCAUACAGGUGUUGUAACACCCUAA